AUGACAUUUGAUACUAAGGCUGAUUCGUUCCCUAGGGACUGCCGUGUAGUUCGAGAUCCCCAGACGCUUAAAUCGAAAGGCUAUGGUUUUGUUUCUUUCGUCAAGAAAGCGGAUGCCGAAAAUGCGAUCGGUACCAUGAACGGCCAAUGGCUCGGGAGUCGAGCAAUUCGCACCAACUGGGCAACAAGAAAGCCUCCUGCCAAUCGUUCUCAGAACGAGACCAAUGCCAAGCCCCUCACAUUUGAUGAAGUUUAUAACCAGUCCAGCCCUACCAAUUGCACAGUCUACUGCGGUGGAAUAACUCAAGGUUUAUCAGAGGAACUGAUGCAGAAGACAUUUACCCCAUUUGGUCCUAUUCAAGAAAUCAGGGUUUUCAAAGAUAAAGGCUAUGCUUUUGUUAGAUUUGCUACAAAAGAAGCCGCCACACAUGCCAUCGUAGCAACCCACAACACAGAAGUGAACGGCCAGACAGUAAAGUGCUCGUGGGGAAAAGAAGCUGGCGACCCUAACAACCAGCAGCAGCAACAGGUGGGCUUAAGUCUCAAGCAAGAAAUUUUAUCAGUUGAAGCUGCUGAAAACAAAGGUUUUUUGGCUAUGUUGUCUCAGAACCUAGCAGCCCAGUAUACUUUCCCUUACCAACAGAUGAGCUACUGGUAUCCUCAAGGGUUUCCACAAGUACAAGGGCAAUUCAUUCAGGGAAUGCAGUAUCCUUAUGGACAGUACUACGGACAAGGCUUUGGAAUGACGGGAAUGCAAAUGGCCUGGCAAGGUAUUCCUGGUCAACCCCAAAUUGCAGCCGCUGCUGCUGCAGCUGCAGCUGCGCAGAGUCCCCUCGCGCAAGGAUUGCAGCAACCAGGAAUGAUCGGUGCCUAUCCUAUGCAGCAGUAUCAGGCUCAGUAG